AUCAGUAUGACAAGAUGAAUCGCGGAAAGCAGUGGUUGUGAGUGCCACCGAAGGAGUGAGCAGCCGAGCCGAGCCGAGCAUCCGUCUGCGUGACACAUAUCGCACCCGGGUGGAAAUUAAAUUAGGGUUUCGAGCGAGUAUCUCGCGUCCGCCACGCAUUCGUAGAUCUCAUCGGUCGCUUCAUCCGAGGUUCGGCUGCGGGGCCGACGACGACGACGGUGGCGGUGGAGGUGGUGUUGGUGCUGGUGGUGGUGCUGCUGCUGCUGCUACUACUGGUGGUGGUGGUGACGGCGGUGGCGACUGGGAGAGCGCGCGACGGUAGCGUUACCGUUUGGAAAACCGACGACGGCUCGAGGCUUCUAGAAGAACGCGGGGCGCCGUAGAGGCGGCCGUACAACUGCUGGACGACUCUCGUGUUGUCGGGGCUGUUGCAGGACGACGCGGUUGUACUGCAUUUGCGGAGAGAAAUCAAAUUGCAUAAACAAUGGCAGCGUUACCUAGAAGAAUUAUUAAGGAAACUCAAAGAUUAAUGCAAGAACCAGUUCCUGGUAUCAGUGCUGUACCGGACGAUACAAAUGCUAGGUAUUUUCAUGUAAUAGUAACGGGACCUGAAGACUCACCGUUCGAAGGUGGACUGUUUAAGUUGGAGUUGUUCCUACCAGAAGAUUAUCCGAUGUCUGCUCCUAAAGUUAGAUUCAUUACAAAAAUAUAUCACCCAAAUAUAGACAGAUUGGGCAGGAUCUGCCUGGAUAUUCUCAAAGAUAAAUGGAGUCCAGCUCUUCAAAUCAGAACAGUGUUGCUAUCUAUACAAGCGCUCCUGAGUGCACCGAAUCCCGAUGAUCCUUUGGCGAACGAUGUAGCUGAACUUUGGAAGGUCAAUGAAAGCGAAGCGAUACGUAAUGCCAAAGAAUGGACUCGGAGAUACGCUAUGGACAACUGAUCUCAGCCUUUACAGAUCGCCUGCGACGCGAAGCGCCGUUAUUCCUACCUGUCCCAGACUUCUAAUCACCUUACCCGCACCAACUGCGUAUCCCGCACCUGUGUCCACAAUUUUGCUAUAAAAAUAAAAGUUUUGUAAGAGUAAAA